AUGAAUCGACUCUUAAUUACAUAAGCAGGUGAAUAACUUAGAAAUGAAAUCAAAUAAUAAGCAAAUCAAUAAGAAACUCUUAAAUAAAUUAAAAAAAAGGACUAACCACUUCCUGUACUUAAUCCUUAAACAAAAAAUUAAUUUAUUGAUACAGAGAGAGAUAAUAUUUUGUAUCAAAAAACAUUGUCAGAGGUUGCACUUACUAAUCUUAAUCAUGUAGCCAGUUUGAGUUUAUUGGGUUAGAAGAGUAAAAAAAAAUUAGAAACUCAUAUUAGAGAUGAGUUGAAUCUGCCAAAUAAUUUUAACUAUUUAAAUAAGAAUCUUGACAAAUAAAUAAAUAAGAUUCUAUCAAAUAAUGGUAUAUUCUACCUAAUUUAAAAGAUUUGUAAACUUAUAGAAAAAGACAUCUUUUGACAGAAUUAAAAAGAAUUAAUAAAAAAAGAACGAUAUCCCAUAAUGAAGAUGUAUCAAUCAAUUCUUCAUGUAUAGAAGAUUAUGAUAAGGUUCAAAAAAUGACUGCCAUCAUCAAUGCAGAAGGUAAAUUGGCUUAAUUGACAAGAAGAUAUAAGUAAAAACAAUUAAAUGAUUAAAAAUUAUAAAUGAGUUUAAAUAUUAGUUUAGGGAAAAUGUAAGAACGUAAAAAUAUGUUAAUUGAUGCUAUUAAUCCUAUGAGCCCUACUUAAAUGAAAAUAAGUUCUUAAAGAUAAUUUGAUGAAAUGUUCUAGGAUAAAUCGGAGGAAAGAUUCCAUAAUAGAUUAUAAGAAAAACAUGUGAAAUAAAUAUGUUUGGUUUGGAAUCAACAUCAAUUUCCAAAAUAAACCAAACGUUGGUAGUAAUUUAUUGAAAAUGCAAAAUAACAGAAAAAAUAGUGA